UAAAUAACCCACUAGGGUCUCAUGCUGGAACUCAAAAACUUGGGGCUGUAUACAUUUCUCUUGCUUGUUUACCACCUGAACUAUCAUCAUCACUAAAUUAUAUUUAUUUAGUCGCGCUUUUCAAAACUGAUGAUAAAAAUUGUUUCGGGAAUCAUGCUAUAUUUAAAGAUCUUAUUGCAGAGCUAAAUUUCUUAGAGUCAACUGGGAUUGAAGUGGUUGUCAAUAACAAAACCUAUAAUAUUUUAUUUAAAUUAGGAUUAAUUCUGGGUGAUAACCUAGGAUUGCACUCUAUUCUGGGAUUUGUUGAGAGUUUUGUUGCAAAUUAUCAUUGUCGAUUCUGUAAAACUCAUAAAAAAGAAUGCCAUCAACAAUGUAUACAAAAUGAUAACAAUUUAAGAGACUCUGUUAAUUAUACAGCUGAUGUUAUGCAUAAUGAUGUGUCCGUUACUGGUAUUAAAGAACUAUGUAUCUGGAAUGAUGUGGGAUCUUUUAAUGUAACUACUAACUAUAGUGUGGAUAUAAUGCAUGAUAUGGCAGAAGGGGUAUGCAAAUAUGACAUAGGUCUUAUACUAAAAGAAAUGAUUUAUAAUCUCAAGUAUUUUUCUCUUGAUACAUUAAAUAACAGAAUAGAGUCCUUUAAUUAUGGACCAUUAGACAUUAGAAGUAGGCCAACACUAAUAACAGAUACAAGUUUGAAACGAGAAGGGUGUCUCAAAAUGUCAGCCUCUGAAAUGUUAUGUCUUACAAAAUACCUCGGGUUGAUAAUAGGAGAUUUGGUGCCAGAAGAAUCUGAACUUUGGAAUUUAUAUAUUCUAUUAAAACAAAUCCUUGACAUUAUUUUUUGCAAAUGGAUACAUAAGCAGGAUGUAAUUUUAUUGCAAUCAAUUAUUUCUGAACACCAUGAAUUAUAUAAAAAAUUAUUCCAAAAUACUUUGAAACCUAAACACCACCAUAUGGUACAUUAUCCUUUAAUUAUGAAAAACUCUGGGCCUCUAUCUCUUUUUUGGUCAAUGCGCUUUGAAGCUAAACAUAAAGAAUUAAAAGAAACGGCACAUUCAAUUACAUCACGAAAAAAUAUUACAUUAACAUUAGCAAUUAAACAACAACUACAAUUUGCAUAUAGACUUUUAUUACCUGAUCAAAGUAUAUAUACAAUCAAAGCAGAUAUAGGACCAGUUCAAACAAUAACACUAGAUACAGUUGAAUUAUAUACAUCAAAUACUUCAUUUCAUUCAGCAAAGUAUUAA